AUGGCCAGUACCCAUAUCUGCGCUCUGACGAACCUGGUCAGCGCCCACACGCAAAUCAACCAGGCGGCCAACGAGAAUCUCGCCGUAACGUGCACCCUCGUCGGCCACCUGUCUCAGGUUAUCGCCAGCCUUCCACAGUCUCUGAGCCAGGUCGUGCAGACUGUCGUCUCCCAAGCCAUUCAGGGCGCCUUGAGUCGGGUCGCGGCUGCCGAGCAGGAGGCGCUGGACAGUAUCCGAGCUUUCUUGAGCAGCCAAUUUGCCAAUUUCGAGUCCCGUCAAGCUACUGCGGCUCAGCAACAGCAACAGCAACAGGAGCAGCAGCAACGGGAUUCGGCGCACUCACAGGGGGGAAACCAGGAGAUUCGGCAGGACAACGGGGGGUCGCCUAGGAGGUUUGGGAAAUUCAAGGCCUUGCUCUUCAAGAGGCAGAAGCCUGGACCUGAAUAA